AGUUUAUAUGUUUGUCGACAUAUUAAAGACUAUAAGAUAUUAGUCUGCGGAGGGGACGGAACGGUCGGUUGGGUUCUUCAAUGUCUGGAUAACGUGGGCCAGGAUUCCGAGUGCCAAUCGCCUCCCUGUGCUAUCGUCCCACUGGGCACGGGCAACGACUUGGCGCGAGUUCUGCGUUGGGGUCCGGGCUAUACCGGUCAAGAGGACCCGGUCUCUGUGCUAAAGGACGUGAUCGACGCCGAAGAGAUCCGGUUAGACCGGUGGACAGUUGUGUUCCACUCGGAUGAGGCCACCAAACAGAUGGAGGAGAAGCCCGGCCUCCCGGCCAACAGUUCCGGCUCCACAUCGGAAGACAAUACGGCUAUCUUUGUGAUGAACAACUACUUCGGACUCGGAAUAGACGCCGAUCUCUGUCUUAGUUUCCAUAACGCGCGCGAAGAAAAUCCCGAUAAGUUUAACAGCAGAUUGCAUAACAAAGGAGUGUAUGUGAAGACUGCGCUCAAGAAGAUGGUGAGUCGGAAGGUGUGGAAAGACUUGCAUAAAGAGAUCCGACUCGAAGUGGACGGAAAGGUCGUUAAUUUGCCGACCGUCGAGGGCAUCAUUAUAUUAAACAUAUUGAGUUGGGGGUCCGGUGCCAAUCCAUGGGGGGUUGAAAAAGACGAUCAAUUCUCGCGGCCUAACCAUUACGACGGUAUGUUAGAAUGGGCGUUAAUGGUGUUGUCCAUAUGGGCCAAAUACAAAGUGAUUAGGAUCCGAUUGAACACUGAUAUGCCGGUGCAGGUGGACGGCGAGCCAUGGAUUCAAACACCCGGUGAAGUUGUUAUACUAAAGUCAGCCCUAAAGGCAACUAUGCUUAGGAAGUCCAAAAUGAAGCGACGAAACACUGAGCCAUCCCUCACAUCAUCGGAAAAGUCUAAAUCAGAUAUUAUAUCAUCAGAAAAGACUUCAAUCACCGAAAAGUCCGAUGAAUGAAGUCUAUAGUUAUUAGGAAUACAUAAACAAACAAAAUAUUAUUUUUUCCCGUUUUUCGCAUUUUUUAUUUCGGAAACAUUUCGUUUGAUAUUAUCAACGAUUCAUUUAUAACGACAAACUCUCUCAU